CUCUGCGGGGAGCCAUGAGCUGUCUGGAUGUUAUGUACCAAGUCUAUGGUCCUCCGCAGCCUUAUUUCGCAGCCGCUUACACCCCCUACCAUCAGAAACUAGCUUACUACUCCAAAAUGCAAGAAGCCCAGGAGUGCAACGCCAGUCCCAGUAGCAGCGGCAGUGGCAGCUCGUUUUCCAGCCAAACUCCAGCCAGUAUAAAAGAAGAAGAAGGCAGCCCAGAGAAAGAACAUCCACCCGAGGCAGAGUACAUCAACUCCCGCUGUGUCCUGUUCACCUAUUUCCAGGGGGACAUCAGCUCUGUGGUGGACGAACACUUCAGCAGGGCCUUGAGCCAGCCUAGCAGCUACUCCCCCAGCUGUACCAGUAGCAAAGCACCAAGGAGCUCCGGGUCCUGGCGGGAUGGCUCUUUCCCGAUGAGCCAGCGGAGCUUCCCCGCCUCCUUCUGGAACAGCGCGUACCAGGCGUCGGUGCCCGCGCCGCUGGGCAGCCCGCUGGCCGCCGCGCACUCGGAGCUGCCCUUCGCCACUGCAGACCCCUACUCGCCGGCCGCACUGCACAGCCAUCUGCACCAGGGCGCAGGGGAGCCCUGGCACCACGCGCACCCGCACCACGCGCACCCGCAUCCGCACCCGCACCACCCCUAUGCGCUGGGCGGCGCCCUGGGAGCCCAGGCCGCAGCCUACCCGCGGCCUGCAGCCGUACACGAAGUCUACGCGCCUCACUUCGACCCGCGCUACGGGCUGUUGAUGCCCGCAGCUUCUGGACGGCCGGCCCGCCUUGCGGCCGGCCCGGCGUCCGCGUCCGGCAGUCCGCCUUGUGAGCUCUCAGCCAAGGGCGAACCGACCAGCACCGCGUGGCCCGCACCCGGGGGACCCUUCCCGAGCCCCGCGGGGGAUGUAGCUCAGGGCCUGGGCCUCUCUGUGGACUCAGCUCGCCGCGGUUAUUCUCUCUGUGGUGCAUCCCUCCUGAGCUGAUCUACUGACCCAGAGUUUCCCUUUCCCUUUCCCUUCUGACCAGCCUGGGAGGCUCAGUAUCUAUGCCUCUCACUUCAUGGAUGAAGACGUGGGGAAAGCCAGAGACUUCAAACGUCCUUGGGAAAACCAAAACACACAUCUCCAGAUAUUUCAUCUAAAAAUAACUGCUUCUGC